CGGAAGUGGCCUCAACAAGGGAAACUUUAUUGUUCCCGUUGUGGUGGUGAGGAUGUCGGUGAAUUACGCGGCGGGGCUGUCGCCGUACGCGGAUAAGGGCAAGUGCGGCCUCCCCGAGAUCUUUGACCCCCCGGAGGAGUUGGAGCGGAAGGUGUGGGAGCUGGCAAAGCUGGUUUGGCAGUCCUCCAAUGUGGUGUUUCACACAGGCGCUGGCAUCAGCACUGCCUCCGGCAUCCCUGAUUUCAGGGGCCCCCAUGGCGUCUGGACGAUGGAGGAGCAGGGGCUGGCUCCCAAGUUCGACACCACCUUCGAGAGUGCACGGCCCACGAAGACCCACAUGGCGCUAGUGCAGCUGGAGCGUGUGGGCCUUCUCCACUUCCUUGUCAGCCAGAACGUGGACGGGCUGCACGUGCGCUCUGGCUUUCCUAGGGACAAGCUGGCGGAGCUUCACGGGAACAUGUUUGUAGAAGAAUGUGUCAAGUGUAAGAUGCAGUACGUCCGGGACACUGUCGUGGGCAGCAUGGGCCUCAAAGCCACUGGCCGGCUCUGCACCAUGGCCAAAGCAAGGGGCCUGCGGGCCUGUAGGGGGGAGCUGAGAGACACCAUUCUGGACUGGGAGGACGCCCUGCCUGAAAGGGACCUCACUCUUGCUGAUGAGGCCAGCAGGAUCGCAGACCUGUCCGUCACGCUAGGCACCUCCCUCCAAAUCCGCCCCAGCGGGAACCUGCCGCUCGCCACCAAGCGUCGAGGAGGCAGGCUGGUCAUCGUCAACCUUCAGCCCACGAAGCACGACCGCCAGGCCGACCUUCGCAUCCACGGCUACGUAGACGAGGUCAUGACCCGACUCAUGAAGCACCUGGGCCUGGAGAUCCCUGCCUGGGACGGCCCCUGCGUGCUGGAGAGGGCUCUGACACCCCUGCCCCGCCCGCCUGCCCCCAAGUUGGAGCCUAAGGAGGAGCUCCCUACACAGUCCAAAGGCCCAGCGCCAGCCAGCCCCAAGCAGGAGCCCACAGCUGAACCCCCCGCUCAGUACAACGGUUCAGGGCCCUGGCCUCUCAUCCCCAAAAGGGAACAGCUGGACAGUCCUGCCCUGCGCAGGACCCCUAAAAGGGUGAAGACUGAGGUGCUUUCCAGCUGACCAGGGGGCCGGGAGGGCGGAGUCCUUUUUUUUAUAUAUAGAAACCGUGGAUUUGUUUUUUCUUACUGGUCUCUGUUACUUGCCUUUGACCUGGGGCAGGAGAUCUCAGGGCACUAGAGCUGUGCUGCAGGCCCUGGGACAAACUUGCUCUACCUUGAGGCUCCUUUUAGCUCUAGGGGCCUCUGGUAAGGGACUGGGGAGGAGCAACCCUGCUCUGGACCCUGACCUUUGAGCUGACACCUCGGACACCUUCUCUGCCCCGCCCCUGUC